AGGGAUGAGUGAACUAGAUUGUUAAUUCACUUAGAUGUAGAAUAGUUAAGUCUUCCUUGAACUUUUGUUUCAAGCAAUAGAAAAAUGGCUGAAGGUAUGGAGAUGUCAUAUUUCGAUUUACGAGUGGUACACGACUAUUUUGAUCGUGCACUCCGUGAGGAAGAUAAUGUUGAUAUCAAGGAUUAUUUGGAAGCUUACAAUGAACUCUACAAAUUUUUCCAGUUAAUGGGCACUGUGUUUAGUUUCGUGUCCUUGGAUCUAAAACAGAAAAUUGAAAUUUUACAAAACCUUAUAGAGAAAGAUGAAAACAAUUACUGCUCAAUUAAAACAAUGAUCGAAUAUGAAAAGAAAAAUAACCUCUUGCAAAAGAAAGAUUUUGUUACUGGCUCAAGAACACUUCUUCGACUGCAUAGAGGACUUGAUUUCAUAUCUGAAUUCUUAAGACAAUUAAGUGAAUUAUCAGAUAGCGAUAAUACCUCAACAUCUUGUCAAGAUGCAUAUAAUAUGACAUUAGCAAAGCACCAUUCCUGGAUAAUUAGAAAAGCAGCUGUUGUUGCCAUGUACACAAUGCCAAGUAGAGCAGUGUUAUUUAAGAAGGUCUGUGGAGAAAAUAUUCAAAAAAAUAUUGAAAUUUUACCAAAAAUGUUGGAAGUGACAGCGCAUAUAAUAAACAGAACUCAUAUUCUUUAUGAACUACACAAAUUACAUAAUUUAGCAUAAUAAAUAAUUGUGAUACAUUGUGUGAUAUAAAUCUACAAAUUGCAUACUUAAAAAGAUAUUAAUAUUGAAAGUUGUAGUAAUUAAACCAUAAACAU